UCCAGAGAAGAUCGUCAUGGGCUGCAAUAAGGGGUGCUCGAUGAGUGGGACCAAAUGGGCCCUUGUGGGCAGUGUCAGUGUGGUUCUGGUGAUUGCCCUCGGAUUGGUCCUGAGCUUCACGCUGCAGCAGCAGCAGCACAACCAGCCAGGCUGUGAGCAGGAUGCGGUCUGCCGCCCCGACGCAGACAUGCUAGACUACCUUCAGAGCCUGGGCCAGAUCAGCCGACAGGAUGGUCUACUGGUCAGCUGGUACCACGCGGCCAACAGCCGGGAGCAGAUGGAAGCUGCCCUACGCAGCAACGCUAUGGUCCUGGAGGCAGACGUCAACAUAGAAGGACUCAACACAGCCAACGAGACAGGGGUCCCCAUCAUGGCACACCCGCCAGCCAUCUACAGCGACAACACCCUGCAGCAGUGGCUGGAGGCUGUGCUGGCCUCUUCCCAGAAGGGCAUUAAACUGGACUUCAAGAGCAUCAAGGCUGUGGGCCCCUCGCUGGCCCUCCUGCGGCGGCUGACAGAGGACGGGAAAGUCCGGAGGCCUGUGUGGAUCAAUGCCGACAUCCUGAGGGGCCCCAAUGUGCCCAUCUCAAUUGAGGUCAAUGCCACGCAGUUUCUGGCCUUGGUCCAGGAGAAGUAUCCUGAAGCCACCCUGUCUCCGGGCUGGACCACCCUCUAUGUGCCCCUGUUCCCAAAUUCAACAUACACCCGAGCCAUGGUGGAGAAGAUGCAGGGGCUGCUGGGAGCACUGCCACAGAAGGUCACCUUCCCCGUGCGCGCUGUCAUGGUACGGGCUGCCUGGCCCCACUUCAGCUGGCUUCUGGGCCAGUCGAAGAGGUACAGCCUGACGCUGUGGCAGGGUGUCAUGGACCCCGUGUCAGUGGACGAUCUCCUCUAUAUCCGAGACAACAGCGCUCCCCACCAAGUCUACUAUGACCUCUUCGAGCCUGUCCUGUCGAAGUUCAAGCAGCUGGCCGCAAAUGCCACGCGGAAGCGAAUUUACUACACGGGAGGCAGCCUGAUACCUCUUCUCCAGGCCCCUGAGGGGGAUGGUCUGAGCGUGGAGUGGCUGGUUCCUGACAUCCAGGGCAACGGGAGAACCGCCACAGUUAGCCUACCAGACGGAGAAGGCAUGAUCCUGCUGAAUGUUGGCCUCCAGAGGCCUGCAGCCAAGCACCCCGUGCCCAUCAUACAUGUCCCAGGAGGUCCCACCAUGACGCUGGAGGCCUGCCUGCUGCGGCUCGCUGGGCGGCCCGGACGCUGGGGUGUCCAUCUGCACAUAGCAGAGCCCACGGCCCUCCGGCCAUCCCUGACCACACUGGCCCACCUCUCCACCCUCGGCCACCUGACCCGGCCUGUGUGGAUCGGGGCCACCAUCUCCCACGGCAGUUUCACAGUCCCCGGCCACGUGACUGGCAGGGAGUUGCUUGCAGCCGUGGCUGAUGUCUUCCCCCAUGUGACAGUGGCACCAGCCUGGCCUGAGGAGGCACUGGGCAGUGGCUACAGGGAACAGCUGCUCACGGAUAUGCUGGAACUAUGCCAGGGUCUCUGGCAACCUGUGUCCUUCCAGCUGCGGGCUGGGCCGCUGGGCCAGAACAUGGUCGGAGUUGUGGCCAGGCUGCUGGCGGCCUCCCCCCGGGCCACCGUCACAGUGGAACACGGCCCAGAGGGGGGCGACUAUGCAUCCGUGCAGGCAGUGCUGCUGGCAGCCAGGGCUGUUGACAGGACCCGGGUCUACUACAGGCUGCCCCGGAGUUACCGCGAAGACUUGCUGGCGGAUGUUGGCAGGAACUGAGCGCCCACUGGAGCUGGGCAGGCGGAGCCCUGGGUCAAGGCUUCCCACAGGGGUAGGCAGGAAGCAAUAAAUGCCUCUGCC